GAAGUAUCAAUGGGCAUCCCCGCUUUCGGCACAUUCGUUCGUGUCCUCGCCGACUACGUCAGCCUGAGCCGACGCGACGAGUGGCAUCCUGCUUGGGCUGGGGUUACGCUCUACGAGAUCCGCGCCUACGGGAAGGAGGUCAACGCCACGGUGUCCAACGUGCUGCACUUGGACACUCCGCUUGAAGCAGAUCACUGGGGAGGCCACCGUCAGGUGGAGGGCUACUGGCUUGAAAUGGCUGCAGAAGUGGUGAACCUGCAGCGUUCUGUCGUGAUCACGGGCGACCACUAUGAUUUUUCGACCUCGGCCAAAGGCCUCCACACCAUCAGCGCCCACGGGGGUGUCAUGGACAUCCGUUUUGCACGUGUGGAGUACUGCGGCCAGCAGAACUUCAUGGGCAAGUACUGCCUCCAUUUCCACCAUGCCGGGCAAUGCCCAGACUGUACCUUCAAGGGCAACGCUGUGUACCAGUCUGCGCAGAUUGGAAUUACGGUCCAUGGCACUCACCGCUCCCUCGUUGAGGGCAAUGUUAUGUGGGAUACAGCUUCUGCAGGCGUAUAUGUUGAAGAUGGCAACGAGAUGUUCAACACCAUCAGCAACAACGUCAUCAUCUGCUCGGUACACUCCAAGUGCUCAACGCCGUGGGACGUGCAGCUGGACAAUGCUGCAGGAAUCUACAUGAUCGGGAUGACGAACAAUCUGAUCGAGAACCGUGUUGCCGGCUUCGAGAACUGCAUUUGGACCCACGGCUCCAUCUACCUGAACGGCCAGGGUGCAGCCCUGGGCAAAGUCUGCCCGCAGAACACGCCUUUCGGGAUCUUCCGGGGCAAUGUUUGCCACGACAACAACCGCUUCGGGAUCUAUCUCGACAACCAACGGCCUCGAAAUCUCGAGAGGGACGGGAAUGGCUUCGUCGCAGACAUGGGCACCUGCGGCGAGUUUACUGCGGAUGGCCGUGACAACGGAGUGACCCCGGCCAAUGUCAUCGAAGACCAGUUUGACUGGCACAACGACUUCGUCGGCCAGCUGCUUGCCACAAAUGGACCUGGUGUGCUGCUCCAAGGGUGGAUCUACGAAGGUUGCAAGGGCACACC